AUGGAAUUCUUUAUUAAUCUCAUUAUAUGUACUACGAAAUUCAUUAUUAUUUCUCAUGAAACUCCUUUGACAAAUGCAGUUGAGAAUCAUAACUACGAAAUUGUUAAAAUUUUGCUUGAUCAUGGCGUUGAUUUUAGCGUAGGAAGCAAUAACAUUGCAGCACUUGAUAUUGCAAUUAAAAGUCAUGAUGAUAGUUUGGCUUUAAUGAUUGCAAAGAAAAUCCAAGUUGUUGAUAUUGUUUUGCUAGUUAAAGUUAUUGAAAUGAAUAAUAUUCCUUUAGCAAAAAUUCUUAUCCCGAAAUGUGAUAAAAUCAGACUUGAUUCAUUAGUUAAAUUGGCUGCAAGAGGAAAUUCGCUGGAAAUAUUGAUGCUUCUGAUCGAAAAUGGAGCUUUAUCUCAAAGAAAGCCAGUUGAACCUUUAAUUAUUGCAUGCAGAUAUAAUUAUAUUGAAAUUGCAAAAGUUCUCAUUCAAAAUGGUGUCAAUGUUAAUGGAACAAAAUAUGAAAAACCUCUCAUUAUUUCAACACAAAAUAACUUCUUUGAAAUAUCGAAUCUCCUUAUUGAAAAUGGAGCAGAUGUUAAUUGUUGUCUAUACAAAAACAACACUCCUUUAUUCAACGCUUGUUUAAAUAACAAUGUUGAAUUAGUUAAACUUUUGAUAGAAAAGGGGGCUCAUAGAGAAAUCGAUCAUAAUGACCCAUUAUUUGAAGCUCUUUCUCCAGACAUUGUUAAUUUAAUACAAUAA